UCAUCCAUUGUUUCGUCGAGUUGUCAUUAAGAUAGGGAUCAGCAGUCACUGAAAACAUCACGUAGAUCGCCGUGGCAAGCUGGAGAUUCACCAGAGGACGCGCUCAGAAAAUAAACAACUCCAAAUUCAGUAAUGGCGUGGACAUAGCACAGUACGUGGCAGAAAGGCUGAAACUUUGAGUUUUUCUACUCUGACAGGAGAAGACGAAAAAACGCAUGCUGAUUGGAACAAUUGCCGGAUUUUCUGCGAAUCAAAUCUCUGCAUAUUUUCCUGUUUGGAGCAGAUGUAUACCAAACAGUGGUGACCCCCACUCUCCUUUUCAAUGGGUUCGGGGUGAUGUGCGCCGCGUCUAAGUGGAAACUGUUGCUCUUCAAUCUCAAACAUUGACCAGAAUGCCAGGAAUUCAAUUGUGUGCAGGCAUUGGGAAACCUGCAACCUGCGUGUGACUCGACCUGCCGGGUCGCAUCGCCGAUGCCCCGUGGAGCAUGCAGGCUGUCAUACGCGGAACGACUCCAGCCUCUCUUUGAACCGCAGUGUUGUUAGGGCAACCAGGCAAGGUUGUUCUUCCUUUCCUCAACAUGCCAGUCUACCCGUGUACAAUGGAGAAGAGACUAUGUGGGCUGGAGUGAAUAAGCUGCCACAGACCAUGCAAAGCCCCAAUUCACCGAUUCAGCUGUACAGGACAUCCUCACCAGGAUUACAGGCCUGGACCUGCAGAAAGUGUACCGACCAAUUAAGCAGGAGCUGAAGCCACCCACAUAUAAACUCAUGACGGAUGAACAGCUGGAACAGGCAGUCGAGUUAGCCAAAGAGCGAGCUAAAAAGCUGCUGCAGAUGCCCCUUGUGUUGCAAGAGAGGAAGCCCAUCAGCGAUGUGCUCUGUGAGGAUAAGAUCCUGGAUGGCAUGGACACAGCUAAAUACGCCUUUACAGACAUCACCUAUAAUAUUCCACACAGGGAGAGAUUCAUAGUUGUACGGGAACCUAAUGGAAUCCUUAGGAAGGCCACUUGGGAAGAGAGAGACAGACUUAUCCAGGUCUACUUCCCUAAGGAGGGACGCAAGCUCACUGCACCACUUCUGUUCAAAGAGGAGAACCUCAAGUUGGUGUUUUCCCAGGACCGCCAUGAGGAUGUGUUGGACUUGUGCCUCGUCCAGUUUGAACCAGACUCUUCAGAAUACAUCAAGGUACACACAGCCACAUAUGAGGACUUGGACAAGCAUGGCAAAUAUGAUCUGCUGCGGUCCACCAGACACUUCGGAGGCAUGGCCUGGUACCUAGUCAGUGUUCGUAGGGUGGAUGGGCUCAUAGUGGACAUGCUAAAAAGAGAGCUGCUCCAGGAUGCUGUAAGCCUCGUGUCUCUGUUCCACAUGGUCCACCCCCACAGUGAGUCAGCCCGGGAAGCUGCCAGCCAACAGGCCACAGGCACCGACCUGCUUAAGAUCUAUGCCCAGAGGGACUCCCAAAGGUCGGGCUACAUCGAGCUGGCUCUGCAGGCCUAUGAACAGACUGCUGUUGAGGGCUCUGCUUCAUGAUUGGUCCAUACCUCAAUAGAGAAAUGCUAUACAUAACGUCUGGAAAUCCUGCCUCUCAUGUAAUAUGACAGUUUGUUGUUUUUGUGUUGGGCCAAGAGUAAAAUAUGCUUCUCCAAAGGAAACCUUUUCACAUCACAACCAACAAUUUGAAGAGUUGGCUGCAUCGUCUUGUGAGAUACUUUAAGAUGUUUGUUUGUUAUGCGGAGAAAUUGUCAGUGUGGUUCUUUGAAUCAAGCUUCAUGUCUGCUUAUAUCAUGUACAUAAAAUAAAUACAGCCUUUGUA